CGCCAUUCCCUCCCCCUGGCUGGCGCUCACUGCUUUCAAGUUUUCCUCACUUUCUCUCCCAAGCCUCAACUCUGAACUCCCAAACCGGGAAACAGGGGCAAGACAGAUAUACACAGAAUAGCCAAGAAAGUGCGGGAAUCCAUGCCAGCUCUCUGGACUUCCGGCGCCUGAAGUUGCUGCUUGAUUAGCCGGAAAACUUGUCAAUCCAUCUCCAAAAGAAUGACGGUCUUCGGUCACUCCAGUGGAGGUUUUCUCGCUGGGAAGCAAGUCUUUCCGGUCGAUUACGAGACAGAAGUCUCUCAGCGUCUAGUUGAAGCCUCGCACUCUGGAGAUCUAAAGUCAGCAUUAGAAUGCAUCGCCGAUUCUUACGUAGAUGUGAACUUUAUCGGUGCCGUUUGCCUCAAGUCGCGGAAGACGGAGGUUCUACUACAUGAUGAAUCCGCCGAUGAAGUUCGGAUCGAGUACGAGGAGUUCAAGACUGACGUGACGGCGUUGUUUCUCGCAGUUCAUGCUGGAAAUCUGAUACUGGUGCGGAAACUACUGAGUGUGGGGGCCGAUGUGAACCAAAAGCUAUUUAGGGGCUAUGCGACAACAGCGGCAGUGAGGGAGGGCCACCUUGAGAUCUUGGAGAUCUUGAUCAAAGCUGGGGCAUCGCAGCCGGCAUGUGAGGAGGCAUUGUUAGAAGCCAGUUGCCUUGGACGGGCAAGGCAUGCUGAGCUUCUCAUGCGUUCAGAUCUGAUCCGGCCCUCUGUUGCAGUCCAUGCGCUAGUCAUCGCAUGCUGCAGAGGGUUUGUGGAUGUAGUGGACACUCUCAUGAAGUGUGGAGUAGAUGCGAAUGCCACCGACCGUGUGCUGUUACAAUCGUCAAGGCCUUCGCUGCAUACUAACGUGGAUUGUACCGCUCUUGUGGCGGCCAUCGUCAGCAGACAGACAUCCGUCGUUCGUUUGUUACUACAGGCGGGCAUCAGAACGGACACCAAAGUGCGAUUAGGAGCCUGGUCCUGGGACACCAAUACGGGCGAGGAAAUCCGGGUGGGGGCUGGACUAGCGGAGCCGUAUGCUGUCACCUGGUGCGCAGUCGAGUACUUCGAAUCCAGCGGUUCUAUCCUUCGCAUGCUUCUUCAGCACCACUCUCCCAACACUCCCCACUUUGGGAGGACCCUCGUUCAUCACGCCAUCCUCUGUGGUAAUGCAGGGGCACUAGAUGUUCUCUUAGAAUGUGGCGCCGAUAUAGAGUUUCCCGUGCGAACAACCAGGAAGACUGAGUUCCGUCCGAUACACAUCGCUGCACGACUUGGGUUACCCAAGAUCGUGCAGGUCUUAAUAGAAGCUGGCUGCAACGUCAACUCCCAAACAGGUUCUGGCGACACAGCUUUAAUGAUUUGCGCAAGAUACAGGCAAGAAGAGUGUCUCAAAGUACUGGCUUCAGCUGGUGCCGACUUUGGCCUGGUCAACUUAGUUGGUCAGUGUGCAAGUUCGAUUGCUGGAUCAAACAGGUGGUCGCUCGGUUUCCAGCGUGCAUUACUAGAUGUAGUUCCGGCUGGGAAGAUUAUUAGAUCGAGCAAUGUAUCCGUGUUCUCGCCUCUACAUUUUGUAGCUGCAACAGGGGAUGUUCCGGCCUUGAACUCAGUAAUUAAUUGGUCAGAUAUCAGCUUAGACUUUCAGGAUGACAAUGGUUUCUCUGCUGUGAUGGUUGCCGCCAUGGAAGGCCACGUGGAUGCCUUCCGGUCGCUUGUUUAUGCCGGAGCUGAUGUAAAACUGUGUAACAAGUCUGGUGAGACAGCACUGACGCUAUCUGAACAGAACCAGAAACGUGAUCUCUUUGAGAAGGUAAUGCUUGAAUUUGCCCUUGAAAAGGGUAACCUUGGGGCUGGCGGGUUCUGUGCCCUACAUUGUGCAGCCCGCCGUGGAGACGUAAAUGCAGUUCGCUUGCUAACAAGCAGGGGAUAUGAUGUAAACGUUCCCGAUGGGGAUGGCUACACUCCACUCAUGUUAGCCGCAAAAGAAGACCAUGGGUGCAUGUGCCAAUUGUUGAUCUCGUGUGGAGCUCGAUGUGACAUCAAGAAUGUAAGAGGUGACUCUGCUCUCUCAAUUGCACGAAAGAAUGGUGGCGGAGACGCUGAGCGUGUGAUAUUGGAUGAGCUUUCUCGGACACUUGUGUUAUGCGGGGCUCAUGUGCAGAAACACACCAAGGGUGGCAAGGGAGCUCCACAUGAGAAAUUGAUGAGGAUGGUGGGAAGUGCAGGUGUAUUGAGUUGGGGAAGGUCGAGUAGGAGGAAUGUGGUCUGCGUGGAAGCAGAGUUGGGGCCGAGUUUGGCCUUCCGUAAGAAUCGCCAAAGGAAAGGUGAUGCCGAUGAGCCAGGAAUGUUUCGAGUGGUAACAAGCAGGAAUAAGGAGGUGCAUUUCGUGUGUGAAGGUGGGGUCGAAAUGGCUGAGCUGUGGGUGAGGGGGAUUAAGCUUGUGACCAGGGAAGCUGAUUUUGGCAAGAAACCGAGCCAUAGGUGAAGACUAAGGUUUUGUGCUUGGGUGUAUGUAGCGAGGUUUGGAGUAAUACUUCCAUCUCGAAGUAUGCUUCUGUUAUUUUUCUUUUACUUGUAAAGGUUUAUGAUCCUCCCCCUUUAUGUAAAAUGUUUUUGCCGGGUGAGCAGAAAACGGAAGUUGUAGGGUUGGUUUUCUUGUGGGAAUGUGAGAUGCGUUUCCUUA